AUGGCGCCCACUCAGCUGCCUGAGUCGGGCAACCCUCUGGUCUUUUUUGACAUAACUCUGGGAGGCGAACCCCUCGGUCGUAUCACAUUUGAGCUCUUCAAGGAUGUAGUCCCAAAAACUGCCGAAAACUUUCGGCAGUUUUGCACCGGAGAAUCCAAGGACGCUGGCGGUCGCCCGCAAGGAUACAAGGGCUCCAAGUUUCACAGAAUUAUUCCAAACUUCAUGUGUCAGGGUGGAGAUUUCUUAAAGGGCGAUGGAACAGGAUCUACCUGUAUCUGGGGUUACAAGUCAUUUGAUGACGAGAAUUUCAACCUGAAGCACGAACAGCCCGGUCUGCUGUCCAUGGCGAAUGCUGGGCCCAACACCAACGGUUCUCAGUUCUUCAUCACCACUGUUCCUACCCCCUUCUUAGAUGGCAAGCAUGUUGUCUUUGGGAAAGUUGUUGACGGCAUGGAUGUGGUGAAAAAGAUGGAGGCUACAAAGACUGGCUAUCGAGGAAAGGAUGUGCCCAACAUGGACGUCACCAUUGCCCAAUGUGGCGAGAUGUAA